AUGGGGGCGUUGCUGCGGCUAGAAAACGAGUUACAGGCUGCUGCCACCCAGGGCUGUCAGCUGCAAGAGUUUAUACAUAAAAUCACUGACAAAAAAUAUUUUCCUUCUUUGUCUAAAGCUGCACAGAGUGAGGAGCGCCUGUGUGCAUUCAAGGACCCGUAUCAGCAGGACCAUGGAAUCAGUGAGAGCCGAAUUUCCCAGGAGAAUGGCACAAUUUUGUGCAUGAAAGGUAGUACCUGCUACGGACUUUGGGAAAAAACAAGAGAAGGAGACAUACAUCUUGUAAAACAAGGUUGCUGGUCUCACAUAGGAGACCCACAAGAGUGUCACUUUGAUGAGUGUAUAGUUACAACCACCCCUUCCUUGAUUCAGAAUGGAACAUACCGCUUCUGUUGCUGUAGUACAGACUUGUGUAAUGUCAACUUCACAGAAAAUUUUCCACCUCCUGACCCUACUGAUACAACACCUUACAAUUCUUCUAAUUCUUUUCAUCGAGAUGAGACUAUAGUUAUUGCCCUUGCAUCUGUGUCUGUACUGGCUGUUUUGAUUGCUGCUCUGUUCUUUGGAUACAGGAUGCUUGCAGGAGACCGUAAGCAAGGUUUGCACAGUAUGAACAUGAUGGAGGCAGCAACAUCAGAGCCCUCAUUGGAUCUGGAUAAUCUGAAGUUGUUGGAGUUGAUUGGCCGGGGACGAUAUGGAGCAGUGUAUAAAGGCUCCCUAGAUGAACGUCCGGUUGCUGUGAAAGUGUUUUCUUUUGCUAAUCGUCAGAACUUUGUCAAUGAGAGGAAUAUUUACAGGAUUCCACUGAUGGAACAUGACAACGUUGCCCGCUUCAUUGUAGGGGAUGAGAGAUUCACUGCUGAUGGCCGAAUGGAAUAUUUAUUGGUGAUGGAAUAUUACCCCAAUGGUUCUCUGUGUAAAUAUUUGAGUCUUCAUACAAGUGACUGGGUGAGCUCCUGUCGUUUGGCACACUCUAUAACAAGGGGCUUGGCGUACCUGCAUACCGAGCUACCUCGAGGAGACCAUUACAAACCUGCAAUAUCCCAUCGUGACUUGAACAGCCGCAACGUGCUGGUAAAGAAUGAUGGAACAUGUGUAAUCAGUGAUUUUGGACUCUCCAUGAAAUUAACUGGAAAUAGACUGGUACGCCCAGGUGAGGAAGAUAAUGCAGCCAUUAGUGAGGUUGGCACAAUCCGCUAUAUGGCCCCCGAAGUCCUUGAAGGAGCGGUGAACUUGAGGGACUGUGAAUCUGCUUUGAAACAAGUAGAUAUGUAUGCACUAGGCCUUAUCUACUGGGAGAUAUUUAUGAGGUGUACAGACCUCUUCCCAGGGGAAUCUGUGCCAGAGUACCAGAUGGCUUUCCAGACAGAAGUUGGAAACCAUCCCACUUUUGAAGACAUGCAAGUCUUGGUGUCUAGAGAGAAGCAAAGACCAAAAUUCCCAGAAGCAUGGAAGGAGAACAGCCUGGCUGUGAGGUCACUUAAAGAAACAAUUGAAGACUGUUGGGAUCAAGAUGCUGAAGCUCGACUAACAGCACAAUGUGCUGAGGAGAGAAUGGCAGAACUCAUGAUGAUUUGGGAGAGAAAUAAAUCAGUUAGUCCAACAGUCAAUCCUAUGUCAACUGCCAUGCAAAAUGAGCGGAAUCUGUCGCAUCAUAGGCGUGUAUCAAAGAUAAGGCCGUAUGCAGAUUACUCUUCCUCUUCCUACAUUGAAGAUUCCAUCCACCACACUGACAGCAUAGUGAAGAACAUUUCUUCUGAACAUUCAAUGUCCACUACACCAUUGACUUCAGGGGAAAAGAAUAGAAACUCCAUUAACUAUGAGCGGCAACAAGCACAAGCUCGCAUCCCUAGUCCUGAGACAAGCGUCACCAGUUUGUCCACCAAUACCACCACCACCAAUACAACUGGGCUCACUCCUAGCACUGGCAUGACCACCAUAUCCGAAAUGCCUUAUUCAGAUGAAACAAACUUACAUACUACAAAUGUCAUGCAGCCAGGUGGGCCCACCCCUGUUUGUCUGCAGCUAACAGAGGAGGACCUAGAGACAAAUAAAUUGGAUCCUAAAGAAGUGGAUAAGAACCUGAAAGAAAGCUCUGAUGAGAACCUGAUGGAACAUUCACUUAAGCAGUUUAGUGGGCCAGAUCCACUCAGCAGCACUAGUUCCAGCUUGCUUUAUCCACUGAUAAAACUUGCAGUAGAGGUGACAGGACAACAGGACUUCACACAGGCUGGCAAUGGUCAAGCAUGUUUGAUUCCAGAUGUCCCAUCUUCUCAGGUCUAUCCUCUACCUAAGCAACAGAACCUUCCGAAGAGGCCUACUAGCCUCCCCCUAAACACCAAAAAUUCAACAAAAGAGCCACGGUUAAAAUUUGGUGGCAAGCACAAAUCAAACUUGAAGCAAGUAGAAACAGGUGUUGCCAAGAUGAACACUAUCAAUACUGCAGAACCUCAUGUUGUGACAGUUACUAUGAAUGGAGUGGCUGGGAGAGGCCACAGCAUCAACUCCCACGCUGCCACAGCGCAGUAUGCCAAUGGCACGGUGCCAUCUGGCCAGAUAGCCAGCUCGGUGGCGCAGAGGGCCCAGGAGAUGCUUCAGAACCAGUUCAGUGGAGAGGAUAGUCGGCUGAAUAUUAAUUCGAGCCCUGACGAGCAUGAGCCCUUGUUGAGGCGGGAGCAGCAGGUUGGCCAUGAUGAAGGUGUUCUGGACCGCCUAGUAGACAGGAGAGAUCGACCACUGGAUAAUGGCCGAACAAAUGCCAAUAACAACAACAGUAAUCCCUGUCCAGUGCAAGACACAGCUACAGUCAGUAUGCAGAAUGUAGUGAGAAAUCCUGGGCAGACCCAGACUAGAAGAGCACAGAGGCCUAAUUCACUGGAUCUAUCGGCCACAAAUAGUUUGGAUAGCAGUAGUUUGCAGUUAGGUGACUCCUCACAGGACGGCAAAUCAGGCUCAGGAGAAAAGAUCAAGAAACGUGUGAAAACUCCCUACUCACUGAAGCGGUGGCGUCCUUCAACCUGGGUCAUCUCCACCGAGCCGCUGCACUGCGAGGUCAACAACAACGGCGCUGACGGGGCAGCCCACUCCAAAUCCAGCACUGCUGUUUACCUUGCAGAAGGAGGCACUGCCACCACAAUGGUAUCUAAGGACACAGGAGUGAACUGCCUGUGA